AUGUGUGCGCCUGUGCGCCACCCCCCAACAAAAAGGAGAAAUCAAAGUUACCUGGCCUGUGGCGAGAGCGGCACCACUUGGCUCCAGUUCAUCCUGUACACGCUGUGCACCAAGGGGGGCAGGGAGCUCGACCACAUCAGCAACUACGUGCCCUUCCUUGAAAAUGACAAAUCCUUCGAGUUCGACCAGGCAGGCGCCAGCAGGGUUGCCGCGCAGUUCGCCUCUGGCCAUGCGGCCAUAGGCUGGAGGCUCUUCAACACGCACCUGUGGUGGGACAUGCUGCCGAAGGGCCCCGAGGCGAAGUACAUCUACGUGGUGCGCAGCGCGAAGGACGUUGUCUUUUCUUUCUACGCCCACUUGUCGCACCAGGCGCUGAGCGACGGGGGCUUCAGUGGCAGCUUCGAGGAGUUCUUCAUUGAAUGGUGUGCGGGCAAGAUACCAUUCGGACCUUGGGCAGAUAGCCUGAAGUCGUUCAUGGUAGAUACGAAUCAAGGGUUGCAAGCUGCCGCACGAGAUGAACGUAUAUUGAUAUUAUCGUACGCCGAGCUCAAGAACGACAUAGGCUCUGCAGUGAGAAGGAUAAUCUCCCACUGCAACGUUGACAUAUCUGAGGCCGAGAUAGAGAAGUGCCUGCCCCGCUUCGACAUCUCCUACAUGAAGGCCAACAACGCCAAGUUCGAGCCAAGGUCGGUCAGGUGGGAGGACAAGGGCGACGGCUUCCAGUUCAUCCGCCACGGCCAGUCCGGGGACGGCCAGAGGGCGUUCAGCGCCGCGCAGGACGCGGCCUUCGCGGACAUGCUGGCGAGCUCGUUCCCGGACGGCAUCCCCUCGGUGAUGCGCGAGUUCUGCGGCUGA